UCGUUCUUCAGCCAAAACCAUUGACUUCGUUGCCUCGGAGGUUUCGCCUCGUUUUCUCAUGUUUACCAAAUUCAUAAUAUAUUCUACGUAGACAAAACAAUGUUUCUUCUCCAUUGCUCCCAAUGAUGGAUUCCCCCUCUUCCUCCUCCUCUGAGUUCGUUUCCAUAGCCACCGCCAAUCAGAGUGCGGCCAGGAGCAGUGGAGAACGGGUGGCUACGGAGCAGUCGCGGCGGUGGCAUGACGUGUUCUGGUUAGGAAUAUUCUUAAUCCAUUUGAUUGGGUUUGGGUUCCUUCUGGGGGUUCUUGGUCUAAAUAGGUUUGAGAGAGAGAAUAGACUUAACAUUGACAAGUUUACCUCCCGGUUUUCUGAGAACCAAUCCGGGUUGACUGAGACUUACUGGCCCCUUUAUGCUGCUGCUGGUGGGGUUGGGACUCUUCUUGGAUGGGGUUGGUUGUUGUUGUUGGGCUCCCAGGCAACUCAAAUGAUGAAGGUGUCUGUUCACAUACUUACCACUUACCUUGCUGUGGUCAGUGUUUUGUGUUUCUGGGCUGGCCAGAUUUUCUGGGGGGUUGCUUUUGCCAUUGGAGCUCUUCUGCAGUUCCUUUAUGUCAUAUCAGUCAUAGACAGACUCCCAUUUACGAUGUUGAUUCUGCAAAAGGCUGUGAAGAUGAUUUGGAAUCUUCCUGAGGUUAUGAGAGUGGCAUAUGCUUUUAUGUUUGUUGUGCUUUUAUGGAUGGCCUUAUGGUCAUUUGGAGCAGCAGGUGUUGUGGCUUCAAGCAUGGGUGAUGGUGGACGCUGGUGGCUUCUUGUGGUUCUCUCUGUGAGCUUGUUUUGGACAGGUGCAGUACUAUGUAAUACUGUGCAUGUUAUAGUGUCUGGGAUGGUGUUUCUUGUUCUUUUUCAUGGUGGUAGAGAUGCAGCUUCGAUUCCAGCUAACUCCUUAGUGAAAUCUCUACAGUAUGCUUUAACUACAUCGUUUGGCAGCAUUUGCUAUGGUUCAUUAUUUACUGCAGCAAUUAGGACACUACGAUGGAAGAUACGAGGAUUUCGGUCUAAGAUAGGCAAUAAUGAGUGUUUACUUUGCCUUGUUGAUUUCCUUUUCCAUCUCGUGGAGACUCUUGUUCGUUUCUUUAACAAGUAUGCCUAUGUUCAGAUUGCUGUUUACGGUAAAAGCUUUAACCGGUCGGCUAGAGAUGCAUGGGAGUUACUCCAGUCGACUGGGGUUGAAGCACUUGUGGCCUAUGAUUGUUCGGGUGCUGUGCUUCUAAUGGGUACUAUUUUUGGUGGACUGAUAACCGGAACUUGCUCUGGUAUUUGGGCAUGGGUUAAAUGGAGUGACAGAAUUAUUAUGAUCGGAUCCACGUCCAUGCUGAUGGGGAUGGUAUUGGUUGGAUUGGCAAUGGUCGUGGUUGAAAGUGCUGUUACAUCCAUAUACAUCUGCUAUGCAGAGGACCCCUCAUUGAUUCAAAGAUGGGACGCUGAAUUUUUCAACCAAAUGUCUGAGACACUUCAUCAGCGACUUCAAUAUAGAAGUGCUCGAGCAAGGGAAGUUUUAACACACAAUCGAUUCGAUGACCUUGUACCCCAAAACGCACGUAUCUGAGGGAUCAUAUUUUUUUGUACUACAACUUACGACAGUUUGUUUCUUCAUUACAUCAAGUCUUUUUUCAAUUCAUAUUUUUCAGAUGAAUUAGUAGGAAUAGGAGAAAGUCCAAGGUUGCCUUGUGGUAUUUUGUAUCGGAAAGGGGACAGAGAGAUGUAACUGUGCGUAGGGAUUGUCCUGUCUGAAGGUGUAUGAAUUGAUUUGUACAACAAUAAACUACAAGAUAAUGUACAGUUUCUUUAUAUUUGGCAACUAAAAA